AUGACUGACAUACAUUACAUUGUUUCACUUCUUGGCUUUGCUAAUCUUAUUGAAUUAAUAUUACUUGCUGGUGGUUUUAUAGCUGUAUGUAUAGCAUCGACUGGUUAUACUCAACUUAUUGAUUCAUAUUCGAAUAUAAUUAAAUAUAACAUAACACUUACAAGUAAUGCUGAUUCAACAUCAUUCUAUGACAUUGAUACCUAUAUAAUCAAGCAAGCUGAUCAAGCUAUUUUAAUAAUUAUAUUUAUUUUAACAUUAAUAACAUUUCUUAGUCAUAUUAUAUUUAGUCUUCGUUAUCGAUAUUCAUGGCAUAGAUUUUCCAAUACAAUAGCAUUUUUAUGUAUUAUUUAUGCAUUUGCUCUUUGUGGUGUGUCAGUUGUUGUUGCUUGUUGGGAAGAUAAAUUAAGAAAACGUCUGACAAAUAUAUAUUUAAAUAAUCAAUUAAUAAAUACGCCAAAUGGUUAUGUUAAACCACAUAUUGGUUCAGCAGCAGCAGCAGCUGCAUUUGGUUUUGCAGCAUGUCUUAUUUUUGUUGUCGAAGCUCUAAUUCGACUUCGACAUUUAGCCGAUAAAAUUCAAACGUAA